AGAAUGCAAGAAAGAGAUUUGGAUCAUAUCUGAAGACCGUCCUCGAUCCUCUCAGUUAUAAUCUUCAAAAUAUUCACGAGAAGAACACGGUGAAACAAAAGAAUGUCUCCGGACAAGAAUCGAGUGCCACCCACCGUGUACGAAAUGUUGGAAGAGUACAAAGGGAACGAUUCGAAAAAUCGUAGAUUAGCAGAGACAGACGACUUCUUGGCAGCUGACGAAAAUUAUCGUAGCAGUAAAGUCGAAUAUGUUCCUCGUAUCACGUGGCCAGAUCUGAUUGCGUUACUUUUCGUUCACGUAGGCUGCAUUUACGGAUUGUAUCUGAUUUUCACGGGUGCCAAGCUUCUCACCACGAUAUGGGCGUUCGUGAUUACGUACACUUCCGGAUUCGGCAUAACCGCGGGAGCGCAUAGACUAUGGUCUCACAGAGCGUACAAAGCGAAAUGGCCCCUCCGAUUACUAUUGAUAUUUCUGUUCACCAUAACUGGGCAAAAACACGUGUACGCGUGGGCACUGGACCACAGAGUGCAUCACAAAUACAGCGAAACCGACGCGGACCCUCACAACGCGAAGAGAGGUUUCUUUUUCGCCCACGUGGGUUGGCUUUUCACGACACCGCAUCCUGACGUUGUCUCGAAGCGGAAAGUGGUGGACAUGAGCGAUUUGGAAGCUGAUCUAAUCGUCAUGUGGCAGAAAAGAUUUUACGUUCCUCUGUUCGCUCUUCUAACCAUCGGGCUUCCGGUCGCCGUGCCAUGUUAUUUCUGGUCAGAAUCAUUUUGGACGUCCUUCUGGGUGAGCUUCAACUUUCGCUUCUGCAUCACACUGAACAUAGCCUUCUUUGUGAAUAGCGUGGCACACAUGUGGGGUCAACGACCAUAUGAUAAAUACAUCUCUCCAGUGGAGAACGUAGCGGUUUCGAUCGCGGCUCUGGGCGAGGGUUGGCACAACUUCCACCACGUGUUCCCGUGGGAUUAUAAAACUGGAGAGCUGGGGAACUACACGUUCAAUUUGACAACUGGCUUCAUCGACGCUUUCGCGAGCAUCGGUUGGGCCUACGAUCGCAAAUACGUCUCGCCGGCGAUGGUUCGUCGCAGAGCGAACAGAUCUGGCGAUGGCAGCCAUGUUUGGGGCUACGGUGAUGCAGACAUCCCGUCCGAGGAUCUUCAAGAACUGAAAUGCAUGGACAAAAAGAAAUAGUGACACUCGUGAUCGACUCGUCCAUCUUGUGCUCCUUCCAUUUUUUUUUUUUUUUUUUUGUAAAAAUAUGAAUAAUUAUAAUACCCAUAGAGCCUGAUCAUCAAGUGCGACAUUUUUCUGCUCAGAUUCAUCAGUCGUGAGUCUUAGGUCAAGAAACUCGCAUUUCGCCUCUUUCUGAACGAUCAAACUUGAUCGAAAUAUUCAAUCGAUAUGAGCUUCUCGAAAUAAUGCGUAACUUGAGAAACUUUCAUAAGUUAUUGUUAAACUUGUUAUUGAUUUUAUCAGUUACGACAAGCUUUGA